UGGUUUCCGGAUGGGAACAUAGUCGUCAUAGCAGGAGAGGCCGCAUUCCGGGUACACCAGGGGAUUCUCUCUCGCCAGUCCGAGAUUUUCAAGGACGUCUUCAACAUGCCUCCGCCCCUUCUGAGUGAUACCACCGAAUCUAAGGAAGUAGACGGUUGUCCGGUCGUCCAUGUAUCGGACACCCCUUUCGAUUUCCAGCAGCUUCUGCGCGCGCUUUACGACCCAUUGAGGGUUUUUGAGCGCAACGAUGUACCAUUCGCGGUGCUCGCUGCGCUUACGCGUAUGGCUCACAAGUACAACAUGGAAGACUUGCUCUCGGUGUCAACCCGCCGCAUCGAGAGCGACUACCUCCAAUUGACCACGCGACUGUCCCUCAAUAUUGCCGGUCGCCCUGGCGAAGUCCUCAUGGCCGUCAAUCUAUUCCGCCUCCUACAACGAGAGGACCUCCUGGUUCCAGCACUGUACCGUGCUUGCCAGCUCCCCACCUCCACCCUCCUCCGUGGAGAAUCCCGCCCGGACGGCACGCACGAGAUUCUC